AUGCUGGGUAGUGCUCUACAACACCCUGUUGAGACCGAUGGCGGAGAUGCAGGGGGUGAGAAACAUGAUUCCUACUGGCCUAGCAGUCCUCAUCGAGAGUGGCAGGGUGGUGGGCAGACCCGUGAUGAAACAGGCGAUGAUGAUGAGUAUAGGCCUACUGUAGCGGAGGUCGAGGCGGCAGCGGCAGAGGACUCUGCAGCGGGGGCGGGAGGGGACCCGAAUGUGGAGGAGGAGGUGCAAGAGCAGGAGGAGGAGGGUGCUGGCCGCAAUGCCAGGGAGCAUGGAGGGGAUAAUGGACGGGGAGGAAGGGGUCGAGGGGGUCGUGGGGGGGGACGAGUUGGUCGCGGGCAGGGUCGGUCUUCUGCGCGUGCGCAGGGCGUAGGCAAUGCAGGGGGGCACAGUGGGGGGCAUGCUAGCGGUCCCCCAAUAGAUGGACGAGGUGGGGGGAGGGUUGGGAGGGUUGCGCAUAGUGCUGCAAGGGCUGGGCGCGGUGGCAGUGGUGGUGGGAGAGCGGCCGAGGCUGCGCCCGAUCCAGGGCCAAGGAAUGCACCCACUCAACGGUCCGAUGGUGUUGGGUCUACGCCGUUGCGUGCCGGUGGCAUCAGUCGGGGUGGUGGGACAGCGGGGAGUCGUGGGCGUGCAUCAAAGCGUCAACGAAAGGAGGAUUUGUCUAAGGAUUCGGUGGUUGAGGGUUUGGCAGGGAAGCACUACCUUGGUUUACUUGUGGGAAUGUUUGGUGAGCUUGAGGAUGGUUGUCGUCCGUGUCAGGUGUGUGGGGACGUAAUGGGAUGGGAUGGGGUUAGCACGGGGACUGGGUGGAAGCAUGUCAAGCGCGCGCACUACCCUAAUGUGCAGAUUUGGGUGCGGCGGUUCCUGGACCCGGCGAAGCCAAAGGACCUAGAGUUUCCUUGGGGCGGCUAUGGCGUGUCGGGCGAUGGGCCACCAGUGCCCAACCCGCACGGUGGUGCAUGGGAGCACGCGGCUGCCUGGCCGAACAUCCUAGCUGCUGCAGCCGCAGCGGGCAGUGGCGCAGGGGGGGGGGGGGGGGGGGGGGCUGGGUUGGGAUGCCCUGGUACACAGCUGGGACAAUGCUUUGUGUGUGUUUGCUUCUUUGUCCCUGUCCGACCUCACCAGUUCUGUCGAUUUGUCGCCUUGCUGAAUCCAUCGGCCAAGGAUUUGCUGGGGUCACGUUACCGUUUGGCACGGGACAUGCAAGCAUUCAGUGAGGUGGCUCGAGAGGAGCUGAGGAAGGAGAUCGUUGGCGACGGUCUCGCGGGGAGGGUGUCCCUUAGCUUGGACAUCUGGACCAGGUCUCUCAUAGCACAGACCCUCGAGCGCAUCUUGACCGAGGCUGGCCUGCAGGAUGUAGUGUUUGCUGUGACGACGGACAAUGCGGAGAACAACAACAAGGCGAUGCGCCUUCUGUCGGGGGACCCAGCAGAGGGGCCAGGGGCCUGGACAGCUAAUCCACUGCUCGACAUUGCGCGUCACGUUCGCUGUCUUGCACAUGUCAUGAACAUUGCAGUGCAGGAGGCAUUGAAGUUGGACGAUGUGAAGGAGGCGUUGAAACGCCUACGAGAUGCGUGUUCGUACAUUGGAUGGCUACGCGAGAAGCUCGACAAAAUACGUCUCAGUGACGUCCACUGGGACGCGCUUGUCGAGCUGAAGAACUUUCUUCAGCCCUUCCACUCGAUCACCAAGGUAGCUGAGGCUUCCUUGUACCCGACAGCUGCAGCGGUGGUGCCGCUGUACAACCAACUGCUGGACAAUAUGGAAAUCACCUACCGCGAGCCAGCCGUCUCACCCCUCACACAGGCCCUCAUCACCAAAGCCCUCGGCAAGCUGAAGAAGUACCCGUACGGCACCAAGGAAGAGUUGGCGAUCACCACCUUCCUUGACCCCCGCUACAAGACCAUCUUCUUCCAGAUACCCCAGUGGGAGGCGCUCAAUGCAGCGCAAGUGACAGAGGUGGGGGGAUGUGCUAGGAGUGUGCAGGGCGUGGAUGAGCCGACGGUGAUGCGCCUGGUGCGCGAUCGUUUGGUCGCAUAUCAGGAGAGAGUGCGCAGUCGGGGAGGUGGUGGUGAGGUUACGAGUGGCAUGGGGGAGGUCACUGACAGCGCUGGUGUUAGUGUUCAGGCCGCAGGGACGUCGCGUGCCGCUGGCAGCGGGGGGAACACGAGCGGCAGGUCAUUGAACGUGGCAGGGGCUGCGCGUUCGCUUGUGGAGUUGUGCUAUGAGGCCGAGGACGAUGGGUUUUGA